AUGAUAUCCAAGGACUCGUUGCCAACCGGAUUUGGAGCCUUACACAGCCGAUAUCGAUUCCAAACGAGCGCCGAUGACUACUGCGAUAAUAUGAAAAAUAAGCUUAACCCUAUCAAAACAUUUGAUAGGUCUCCGACAUCUUGCUUUGGUCCCCAGGAUUCAUCUGCGGGACGGCUAUCUCCGGAGAGUCGCCUCCCUCCACUCUCAGUCCCCGUCUCGCUGCCAUACAGGACAUCCAUUCUUGAGGAACCCGAGCGCUUUACCCAGACCCCCUUCACUCUGCCGUUUCGCCUCGACUCGGCCCUUUCUCUUCAAACAGUCGAGAUCCCCGAUCCCCGGGUGGGAACUCUGAUACAGAUUACUCGGCCAGACGCCGACGGUCGGGAAGGACAAACAGCACUUCCCUCGGCGAUGAAUCCACAGCCUCCCCUCGGAGCGGCUACGAAUUACACGGCACCGACUCGGAAAUCGCCGAAACGUCAAGCCUGCGCAGGCUUCACCUUGACGAGCCCAAGGAAUAUCAUGUUGCUGGACUAA